AUGCUCUACGAUGCAAGCAAAGCCAUUGUGACGUGCGUCUUCACCUUGGUGGCGCCUGCGUUCGUCUCCUUCACCCUCCGAUGCGGCGUGCGCAUCUCUCGGAAAGCAUGGGGUGUUGACGAUACCUGCAUGGCGCUUGCUGUCCCCUUCUUCGCCUGGCUGUCAGCAACCUGCCUCAGCGGCGCCUGGCAUGGCAUAGGCGCCACCGACGACCACCUGUACGGGGGAACCGAGCAGUACUCGGCAGCACUCAAGGCAAGGUGGAGAGACUGGUUCAUGUUCAUGGUAGCCUACUGCUCCUCCGUCCUCCUCGUCAAGCUCAGCAUCGCCUUGACCCUGCUGCGUAUUGCCUCGGGCAGGCGUGUUUACGCGUGGAUCAUCCGGGCCACCAUCGCCCUCUUUACCGUCGUCACCGUCAUCGUGUUGAUAUACGCGUGGGACAAGAGCAUCCCCGACGGCAAGUGCAAGGAUGCUCGCAUCCUUACCGCCAUGAGUUUCGCCUUGUCGGCCACCAACAUCCUGACGGAUUGGACUUGUGCGCUCCUGCCCAUCCCCCUCCUCUGGAACCUCGAGAUGAACCGCAACUCCAAGAUCGCCGCGGGCUGCCUCCUUAGCUUCGGCGUCUUCGCCAGCGCCUGCGCCAUCAUCAGGCUGCAGUACACGGUCGGUUUGAGUGCGACCGAGGACUACUUGUUCCACAUCUCGUCCGUGAUGCUGUGGGCGUAUGCCGAGGUCGGCGUCGGCAUGACGGCCGCGAACUGUAGUACGCUGCGACCCGUCUUCAAGAGGAUUCUCAAGCUCGGCAGCAGCUUCGGCAGGUCCGCCGGCGAUGACACAACAAGCCUGUCGUCCAGCGACUACGGCUGUUGUUCCAAGUCGCGCUCCCGACGCGAGGGCGCCAUCGAGCUCGAUGACUCCUGCGACGCCAGCCCCUACCGCGUGAAGCCCGCGGUUAAUGGUGGACGCGACGCGCGCACGACCGACGAGGACAUUAACCGGGAGGACAACGACAACGAGAGCGCGCGCGAGAUUUUGCGGGAGUCGAGGCAGGUGAACUCGACAUAUAAAAAUAGGUUCUAUACUUGA